AUUCAAAUGAGAGAGAGAGAGAUUGGGGGAACAGACAACAACAACAACAACAACAACAAACUUUUUUAUUUUUUUUUUAUUUUUUUAUUCCUUAAUUAAUAACAACAAUUAACGAACUAUAAUCUCAUAACUCCUUAUUACGGUUUCGUUGUUUAUCAUUUAUCAUCAUUUCGGUUUCAGAGUUUCAAUUUUGAAUCUUCUUCAUUCUUCUCAUGUUUUCCAACUCUACACGAUAAUGUUGCGCAAAGUUAAAGGUGAUGGUGAAGAAUAUUUGUUAAAAGAUGUUGAAAUUAUAAGAAAAAAUCUAUACCUGGAAAAAAGCUUUUCUGUGAAUUCAACAUCAUCAUCAAAAUCCAAGAACUAUGAUCCAAAACCUGAAAAAGAAGGUAAUAAUUUGAAAAAGGAUAAAAAAUCCAAAUGGAAUUGGAAGAAGCCAUUGAGGGCACUUUCCCUUUCAAAGAAUAAGAAAUUCAAAUUUUGUUUUUCUCUUCAAGUUCAUCUCAUUGAAGGGUUACCUUUGAGUUUCAAUGAUUCUACCCUUUGUGUACAUUGGAAACUGCGUGAUGAACAUUUGGUUACCCCUCCGGCCAAAGUGAUUCAAGGGGUUGCUAAGUUUCAAGAUAUUUUGAAUUGUACUUGUUCAAUUGUUGGAACUAAAAGUGGAUCACAUAAUUCUGCAAAGUAUGAGGCUAAGCAUUUUUCGCUUUAUGCUUCUGUGCUUGGUGUUCCUGAACUUGAUUUAGGGAAUCACCGUUUGGAUAUUACACGGUUGCUUCCGCUUUCGUUGGAUGAUCUUGAAGAGGAGAAGAAUUCGGGGAAAUGGAGUACGAUUUUUAGAUUAUCAGGAAAGGCUAAAGGGGCUGUAAUGAAUGUGAGUUUUGGGUAUAUGGUGGUUGGUGAUAACAAUACUUUUGCGCCUAAUGUGUUGACUUCAAGGCAAAAUUGUUUGGCAUUGAGUGAAACGGAUGUAAAUCCGUGUCAGUAUUCAUCUCGGGUUAUAGAUGAGGUGAAGGAUCUUCAUGAGGUACUGACAUCAACAAAAUCUGCAGUGCCUAGUUCAACAGAUGUGUUGAAUAAGAAAUCUGAUGAUGAAAACACAUGUAGUCCCCCACACAAGAAAGAUGAACUUGUGCUAAAAGAGAGUCUGGAGCCGAUCAAAUUUGAUGUAUUUCAAGAAAACUUGGAGACAGUUGAGCCAAAUGUUUUUUUUACACCCGUGUCUGUAAAAGAGAAUUAUGAUGAAUGUGAAUGUGUUGAAUUUGCUGCUGUUGAUCAGGGUGUUGAAUUUUCAUCAAAUGAACAUGUUAAACUGGAGGAAUCCAUUGUAGAAGCUAAUGUUGACAGUUCUAAGGAAAGCAUUGCGGUACAUGAAGUUUCUAACAAUAAGGAUGAUUUAUAUACCAAAGAGCUUCUCCUGCAAGAAAUAGAAUCAGUUUUAAAUAGUGUCUCAGAGUUGGAGAUACUGGCAAUGGAAUCUCCUAUAAUUAUGGAAGUCGCAUCUGAAAGUAUGUUUAGAAAGUCACAAAGCAUGGAUGAUUUCACCGAAUCAGUUACCAGUGAAUUCUUGAGUGUGCUAGGUUUAGACGAUAGUCCAAUAGGCUUUAGUUCUGAAAGUGAGCCUGAGUCUCCGAGAGAGCGCCUUUUAAGACAAUUUGAGAAGGAAAUGGAUUCUGAGGGCUUCUCUUUAUUUGAUACUGACACAUGUUAUGUUGGUGAAGAAGAAGAAGAUUGUGAUUAUGGUGCUUCUUUUGGACCUGAGCAGUGGAAGUUCUCUACAGGUAUUAAGCCACCAUCGUUGUCGCAUGAUCUGCAGGAAGGGCUUGAAUUUGAGGAUGAGGAUGUGAAGAGCAAACCAAAGGGUCAUAUACUAGAAGACUCGGAAACAGAAGCCUUAAUGCACGAAUGGGGUUUGAAUGAGGAGGCUUUUCAGUAUUCUCCAACAAAAGGCUUUGUUGGUUUUGGAAGUCCAAUACAUGAACUACCUGAAGAGCCUCCUAGAUUACCUCCUCUGGCAGAAGGGUUUGGUCCUUUCAUCCAAACAAAAGAUGGGGGAUUUCUAAGGUCUAUGAAUCCCUCACUUUUUAUGAAUGCUAAAAGUGGUGGAAACUUAAUCAUGCAGGUUUCCAACCCCGUUGUUAUGCCUGCAGAUAUGGGUUCAGGGUUAAUGGAGACUUUGCAAUAUUUGGCAUCAGUCGGAGUUGAAAAGCUUACAAUGCAGGCAAACAAGUUUAUGCCUCUGGAAGAUAUCACAGGGAAGACAAUGCAUCAAAUAUUAUGGGAAGCUAUGCCAAGCUUAGAGGGAAAAAACAGGCAAUGCCAUUUGCAGCAUGAUUUGGUGACACGGAAAGGCUCUACUUGCGUGCAAAGGGGCUUGAAAGGAUCAUCAUCCGAACUGAAGUCUGAUGAAUUUACUUCAAGUUCAAUUGGCAACCAGGGAGGUUCGAGUUUUUGUUCAUUGGAAGAUCUUGCUCCUUUGGCUAUGGAUAAAAUUGAAGCACUUUCAGUGGAGGGUUUAAAAAUUCAAUCUGGGAUGUCGGAGGAAGAUGUGCCGUCAGACAUCAUUGGACAAUCCUUCAGAGAUCUUUCUGGUCUCCAAGCCAAGGGGGUUAACAUUGGAGGUUCUCUUGGCCUAGAUGGAGCUGCUGCUCUGCCGUUGUUGGAUAUCAAAGAUAGUAGCGAUGAAGUUGAUGAGAUAAUGGGAUUAUCAUUAACUCUUGAUGAUUGGAUGAGACUGGAUUCAGGUGAAAUUGAUGAUAUAGAUGAUAUCAGUGAGCAUACUUGCAAACUUCUUGCUGCCCAUCAUGCCAACUCUUUCGACGUAAUCCGUGAGAGUUCAAAGGGAAGGAAGAAACAAGGUAAAAGUCAUGGCAGGAAAUGUGGUUUGCUGGGAAAUAAUUUCACAGUGGCGUUAAUGGUGCAACUUCGUGAUCCUCUGAGAAAUUAUGAGCCUGUUGGAACACGAAUGCUAUCUCUUAUACAAGUCGAGAGAGUGUUAGUCCCGCCAAAGCAAAAGAUUUGCUCGAAUGUAUCUCAGGUAGGGAACAAUAGUGAUGAGGAUGAUGAGUGUGAAAUACAAGAAAAGGUAGAGAUGAAAGACAACAAAGAGGAGAGAAGUGGUAAAGAAAGUGACAUUGCUCAAUUCAGAAUUACAGAAGUUCAUGUUGCAGGUCUUAAGAUUAAGUCACACAAAAAGAAGCUUUGGGGUGCAUCAAGUAAGCAACAGUCUGGUUCUCGUUGGUUGAUUGCUAAUGGAAUGAGCAAGAGCAAUACGAAUCCAUUGAUGAAGUCUAAGGUUGCUUCUAAAUUUGGUGAAGUCACCACCACAAAGGUACAACCUAGAGAUACAUUGUGGAGCAUGUCAUCUCGUAUUUAUGGCACUGUUACAAAAUGGAAGGAAUUGGGAGCACUAAAUCCUCAUAUAAGAAAUCCCGAUAUCAUUAUACCAAAUGAAACUAUAAGAAUACGUUGACUAGUGAAUGUAGGUUCUUUUUCUUUUCUUUUUUAUCAAGAAAAGGGUCUAUCCUUAUGAGAUGUAGUGUUUGAAAUCCUCGUGAGCAUAGCUCAGUUGGUUUGGACAAUGCAUAAUAUAUGCAAGGUCUGUGGUUCGAACCCCGGCUACUAGCAAAAAAGAUUUAGUGUUUGAAGAAGCUGCUUGGUUGGAUUCAACUGUGAUAUGUAGCCAUAUUUUCUGAAGUUCUAGACUUGGUUCAUGAGUUGAUACAUAUAUUCACAAUUUUUUUUGUUUUA